AUGCCGGGCAGCUCGCGCAUUCCGCAGAGCCUCCGCGGCAGUCUGGAGAGCGUCAAGCGCCGCAAACAGGCGCUGUCGCUCAACAUGCUCAAUCUCGAACUCCUCAAAAACAUCAUCUUCUUCUACUUCGUCCUCCGGUGGACCCGGCGCCUGUGGUGGAAGCUCAAGGGCCGCGGCAUCAUCGGCGCCAUCCUCGAGCUGUACCGCGACGUCGAACGAACCCUCUACGGCUACUUCUUGCGCGCUCCGGGCGUGCGCGGCCAGGUGCAGAAAAAGGUCAAGGAAUCGCUCGACAAAAUGUCCAACAAGCUGGUGCCCGCCGGCCAGACAAAGUACCUGUCGCUUCCCAAGGAGGGCCUGACGGACGAAGCCGUGCGCGCCGAGCUCGACUCGCUAGCAAACAUGGAUCACACCCGCUGGGAGGACGGCUACGUCUCGGGCGCCGUGUAUCACGGCGAGGACGACCUGCUGAAGCUGCAGACGGAGGCGUUUGGCAAGUUUACCGUGGCCAACCCGAUCCACCCGGAUGUUUUCCCGGGCGUGCGCAAGAUGGAGGCUGAGAUUGUGAGCAUGGUGCUCAACCUGUUUCAUGCCCCCGUCGGUGCCGCCGGCGUGACGACGUCGGGCGGCACCGAGAGCAUCCUCAUGGCCGUGCUGUCUGCGCGCCAGAGGGCUUACAACGAGCGUGGAGUCACGGAGCCGGAGAUGAUCCUGCCAGCUACUGCGCACACGGCUUUCCGCAAGGCCGGCGAGUACUUCAAGAUCAAGAUUCACUACGUAGACUGCCCUGCUCCCACGUAUCAAGUAGACGUCCGCCGGGUGGCCCGCCUCAUCAACCGCAACACGGUGCUGCUGGUGGGCUCGGCGCCCAACUUCCCCCACGGCAUCAUUGACGACAUCUCGGCGCUGAGCAAGCUGGCGCUGCGCAAGAAGCUCUGCCUGCACGUCGACUGCUGCCUCGGCUCGUUUGUCAUUGCCUGCCUCGACAAGGCGGGCUUCGAGACGCAGCCGUUCGACUUCCGGCUCAAGGGCGUGACCAGCAUCAGCUGCGACACGCACAAGUACGGGUUCGCGCCCAAGGGCAGCUCGACGGUGCUGUACCGGUCUGCCGAGCUGCGGUCGUACCAGUACUUUGUCUCGCCCGACUGGGCCGGCGGCGUCUACGCCUCUCCUGGGCUGGCGGGAUCGCGGCCUGGAGCGCUGAUAGCCGGUUGCUGGGCCAGCAUGAUGCGGCUGGGCGAGACGGGAUACGUGGACGCCUGCGGCAAGAUUGUGGGGGCGACCAAGAAGAUUACCGAGGCGAUUCAGAACGGCCCCGUGUUGAGCAGCGAGCUCGAGGUGCUCGGCAAGCCGAUCGUCUCGGUGGUGGCCUUUUCGGCCAAGAACCUGGACGUGUACGACAUUGCCGACGGCAUGUCGUCCAAGGGCUGGCACCUCAACGCGCUGCAGAGCCCGCCGGCCAUCCACGUAGCCGUGACGAUGCCCAUUGUCAAGGUGUGGGAGCGGCUGGUCAGCGACCUGGAGACGGUGGUGGAGGAGGAGCGCGAGAAGGAGAGGGUCCGGCUGGUGGAGGGCAAGGGGGCAAAGGGCAAGGCCAUGGGCGACUCGGCUGCGCUGUACGGCGUGGCGGGAUCGCUGCCGAACAAGGGGGUCGUUGUUGAUCUGGCCACGGGGUUCCUCGAUUUGCUGUACAAGCAGACGAAGAAGAGGGCGGAACCGGGAGAAAGGACUUGCAUGGGCCACGUCCCUGUCGAUGCCGCUGCCGGGUUGCACGACGCUGCCCUCCUGCUAGACACAGACACAUACACAAGCUUGGACAAGAUGCAUGCCGUUGUCCAGUUUCGAUCGAUUGAUUUCUCAUCUGCAUCUCCCCAUCUGCGGGUAUCCAUUGAAAUCACCCCCUUGGCAUCGCACAUGGCCCUGCCUCGCCUUACAAGGACACGUCUCGCCGUACUCGGCAAUAUACGAUGGGAUAAUACAGCAUCGGGGGAAGAGGAGGGGAGGGGAGGCAAACAAGUCCGAAAAGCAGGCGUGUCCAAUCAAAGCGGCACACACAAGACAGCCUCACUUUUUGUUCGACUCCCAUCUCCACCACCGUUUAGCUUCACCGCCCCUCUUUUAUUCGCUGGCCUUGUUGUUCUCUCGAGCGUUGAUCCGAUGGCUUCAUCUUACAUGGACAAUCUCGACACGGCAACGAGAAAAAGAUUGAAUACAGAUACAGAUACAGCGGCAGUGCAUCGGCCCGGGCGAACGAACGACGGCAAAAAGGACAUAGCGGGUGGCCGCACCGCACCGCCGAUGCCCGAAAAGGAACAAGACGAAAAGGGACUGGGCGGUCCUACGUGGUCGCCUGAGGACGAGGCGAUCGGCGAGACGAAGGCGAAGUUUGGGCCACUGCAGUGA